GGAGCGCUUGCGACAUUUCAGUGAUAAACUGGCCCUCAUGGGAUUGUCCAUCAACCAGAUGAAGUCAACCUCCGUCAACAUUGUAGCGGACCGUUCAAGAAAACUAACGAUACUGGACACCGCCCCUUUAGACUGUGGAGAUUGCAUUAUUCCUUCCUUGCAACCAGAAGAGAAAUUCACGAUGUUAGGCUUGCCUUUCAGUUGGAAAGGUAAACUCCCGCCAGCUUCCGCAGGCGAGUUACGUGCUCAACUGGAAGAAAUUACAAAAGCGCCCUUAAAACCCUACCAGCGCUUGGAGCUUCUGAAGACGUUCCUGCUUCCAAGGCAUCUUCAUAAACUCUGCUUGGCCGUUGUCCACAAACAGACGCUAAAACGCAUGGACAGGCUUGUUCGAGCACAUGUGAGAAAAUGGCUCCGGUUGCCCACUGACACAAAUCUGGCUUAUUUCCACGCCUCAAUCGGGGACUUUGGUAUCGGUAUACCCUGCUUAUCCGCCACUAUUCCACUGUUACGGAAGGACCGAUUAGAACGACAUCUUAAUAAUGCACACCCAAUUACUAGCUGGGCCAUCCGAGAUCCCGCAGCUGGCUCCAUUCAUCGACUGGCGCGCUCCAAUGUUACCAUCGGCAACCGAGUGGUGAUGGAUAAAGUAUCAACCGCGGAGGCAUGGAAAGACGCG